AUGAUAGAAAUUUUGGCAACUUCAUCGCCGAUAGGCUCCGAGAUAUUUGCUCUGAUUUCCUUGCUCGUUAUCAGUUUAGUUGUACUACUUAUACUAAGACAUUAUCUUCCUAUCCGCACCACUCCGGCAUACCUUCUCGUUCCAAUCUUCUUCGCCCUUUGGUUGCCGGCAAGUAUCGUAUUACUGGUUCCUAUCGAUCUUGCUUCAAGUGCAAGGACUGAGGAUGCAGGAAGUCGAGGAAUAUGGCUUUACGAUCGAGUACUUUUGGUCGCCUGGCGCAUCACAUAUUGGCUUACAUUUGCCUUGACUUGGUUCAUUUUACCAAUUCUCGCCGAGUACGCUGAUGCCGGAUACCGAGAUCCAAAAGGGCGUCUACUGUUUUCUUUGCGCGCAAAUGCCCAGUAUCAAGCCCUUAUUCUCGGAGCUGGUCUUGCCACAAUGUUAUACAUAUUUAUCAAACAGGGGGUAUCUCCCGAGUCAUUGAAGAGUGUGGUCAUGGCCCUUGCAUAUUGUUGGGGAUUGGUUUUGGCUAUUUAUCUUAUGGGUCAUGGGCUUGUCUCGAUACCUCGAAACCUAUUUAGAAAUGCAAGCAUUAGUGGGAAAUUGAGAAGGGUCCAAACUCGGGCACCAAAGGUUCAUGAAAAUAUGGAGGAUGCGAUUCAGAAAUUAGAGGAUUUGGAGGCACAGGUUGCACAAUUGGCUCAAAGAAAAACUGGUACCGCGAGAGAUUUCAAGGACUGGAUCGAGGAACUUGCGGAUGAGACACACUUACCCGAAGCUCGACCACGAACUUUAGCACGACGAAUGUCUGAGCCAAAUGCUACUAUUCCCAACGUCAUUACGGAACGAUACUUGGCAGAUCUAAGCCGCCAGCUGACGAGAGCUAGGCACAGUCGUGCCCGGUACCUUGAUGAAUGGGAUCGACUCCUCAAAGAUGCUGUGGAAACACAGGCUAUAUUGGACUCAGCCGCAUCAAAAAAGAUUGAAAUUGGCCAAAUUUCUCCCCAUUCUUCUAUAUUCGAUCGAAUCACUAUUUUCACACCUUAUGCUCGGUACCUAUUCUACUACUACUUCUUACCGUACUCGAAAAUCACUUUGGGCGUUAUCUUGGCUCUGGCCUCGAUAUGCAUCAUCUGGUCUGAAUUUAUCAAGUCCAUCAAUCCAAUUUUCUCAAUAAUUGCAGUUACCGUCGUUCAUCAUCGCGAUAGCGAGAAAGGGGAGAUUGGAUUCGCAGGACAGAUGAUUGCAGCUUUCUGGAUUUUAUACAUGUGUGCAGCAGCUUUGAGCUCUCUUUCUGAAGUCAAGGCAUGGAGAGGGCGCGCGCUCGUCAGAAGGAACACUCAUGGGGAAGCCGCUAUGUGGUUUGCCAUGCAAGUAGCCAAGCUUUCUGUUCCACUUUCAUUCAAUUUUAUUACCUUUCUUCCACCAGAUGUUUACAAAAAGACAAUGUUUUACAAGUUCCUUGGAAAGCUGAUUGUUUUCACACCUCUUGGGGAUUGGUUUGAUUGGUUUUUCCCAAUUUUCAUAUUAGUUCCUGUGUGCGCAACUCUUUUUAACCUCUAUGGAAAAGUGAAAGACUGUGUAGGGUAUGGAGGAGUUAUUGAAGAUGAAGAUGAAGACAAUGAGAGUGGCUAUGGCACUGGAUCGUGGCGUGAAGGUCGCAAUUUGAUUGAGCGUGAGCUGGGUCAUUCGUCACUUGGCGGACUUGGGGAAGUUUCUGUUGAUCGACGCUCAGUUCCGAACAAUCCAAAUAAUCGUGCCGCUCCUGUAUUGACCCUACCGCGAGCCGAGAGGCAGCGAGCCCUUGGCACAGCAUCUACCUCAAGACCUAGUGUUGAACCACAACAACGCCAUGUUGAACCAGCAGAAGAAGAAGAGAACUUUUUUGAAGCAUUAGGCCAUAGAAUGAGGAACACAAUCGACACGUUUGAACCACCACGAUUCCUUGAAGGAAUUAAGAAACCAAAGUGGAUGGGAGGGGAUGACGAGGAUGACGGACAGCCAAGCCGGGGUGGAAGUGACUUCACUCGCUGGUUUGGUGGUGGUAAUCAAGAAGGAAGAGUACGAUUGUAA